CCCUUACCUCGAUCCGGUUUCUGCGCCCCUCUCCGGUCCCCGCCGCCAAAAUCGGAGCCCCGCCCCCUCCGCUAGUCGCCCGGUAGUAGUGGGAGGCGGGGCUAUGGAGACGGAGUAUUUCGGUGGGGAGCAGUCAGAUGAUGGUGGAGCCACACCAGUACAGGAUGAGCGUGAUUCAGGAUCGGACAUGGAGGAUAACGGAGAUGAGCAGCACUCUGGAUCAGAGAAUGGAAGCAUAGGACAACAUUCAGAGGUAAACGAACUUAGUGAUGGAGAAGAUGACAGACAAACUAGAGGAAACCCCAUGACAGACUCGGAAAAUGAAGAUACUCCACAGCAAAAACAUAGUGAUUCUGAAAAUGAGGAUGCCCCAAAUCAUAAUGCCAGUGACUCAGAAAAUGAAGGGGCUCAUAGAAGUAAAGACAGUGACUCUGAUAAUGAGGAUCAUCCAAUUCACCAUGCCAGUGACUCUGAGAAUGAGGAUGCUAUAAAUAAUCUGGCUAGUGAUUCUGAGACUGAGGACCCUCCUAAAGGCCAUGAGAGUGAUUCUGAAAACGAGGAACCUCAGAAACGCUUGGCCAGUGAUUCUGAAAAUGAGGGUUCACCUAAAGGCCAUACGGAUGACUUAGAAAAUGAGGAGCCACAAAAGCAUCCAGUCAGUGACUCAGAAAAUGAAGAGCCUCCAAAAAAUCAUGAUACUGACUCCGAGAAUGAAAUGGCUCCAAAGCCUCUUGCCAGUGACUCUGAAAAUGAGGAGCCAAAGAUUCAGCCCAGUGACUCUGAAACUGAAGAUGAUCCCAGUAACAAACCGAAGGUAGAAUCGGGUGACAGCAACAGGGAAAAUGAGAAAGAGGAGGAAACAGAGAAUGAUGCUCAGCUUUCAGAUAGCGAUCCCAUAGGAAAAAGACUUCAUGACUCUGAUAGUGAGGAAGAAGACAGCCCUAAAAAACGGAAAAUAGACAGUGAUGAGGACGAAGGGAAAGAAGAGGAAAAAUCGGCGAAGAGGAAAGCUACCAUCCUCUCUGAUAGUGAGGAUGAUGAAAAAACACCUGCAAAAAAAGGACGCAUAAUCUCAGAUGGUGAUGAAUCAGAUAGUGAUGCUGCAACAGACAAAUACGAGAAGCAGAAGAAACCCAUAGAUUCAGAUAGUGAGGAGGAAGAUGACGACAAGGCUGAUGAUGGGAAGAAAAAAGAAGAGAAAGAUCUGUUUGGAAGCGAUAGCGAAUCAGGAAAUGAGCAAGAAAAUCUUAUUGCAGAUAUAUUUGGAGAAUCUGGAGAUGAGGAAGAAGAGGAGUUUACAGGGUUUAACCAGGAGGAUUUGGAGGAAGAGAAAGCAGAAAGGAAAGGAGCAGCAGAUGAUUCAGACUCUGAUGACAAUAUCAAAAGAGGGAAACAUAUGGACUUCAUGUCAGAUUUUGACAUGAUGUUACAACGCAAGAAGAGCAUGAGUGGCAAGCGCCGGCGCAACCGUGAUGGUGGAACAUUCAUUAGCGAUGCUGACGAUGUGGUCAGUGCAAUGAUCGUCAAGAUGAAUGAAGCAGCAGAGGAAGACAGGCAGUUGAAUACACAGAAGAAACCAGCGCUAAAGAAGCUGACUUUGCUUCCAACUGUAGUUAUGCACCUUAAAAAGCAGGACCUGAAGGAAACUUUCAUUGACAGUGGUGUGAUGUCAGCUAUUAAAGAGUGGCUUUCUCCUCUCCCAGACCGGAGUCUUCCAGCACUGAAAAUUCGAGAAGAGCUUCUGAAAAUUCUGCAAGAGUUGCCUAGCGUGAGCCAAGAGACCUUAAAGCACAGUGGGAUUGGACGAGCAGUGAUGUAUCUCUAUAAACACCCUAAGGAGUCACGGCCCAAUAAGGACAUGGCAGGGAAACUAAUUAAUGAGUGGUCUCGGCCUAUUUUUGGUCUAACAUCAAACUACAAGGGAAUGACUAGAGAAGAAAGAGAACAGAGAGAUCUGGAGCAGAUGCCACAACGAAGGCGUUUGAGCAGCUCUGGUGGUCAAACGCCCCGCAGAGACUUGGAGAAGGUGUUAACUGGAGAGGAAAAAGCUCUUAGGCCUGGUGAUCCAGGAUUUUGUGCUCGUGCAAGAGUUCCAAUGCCCUCCAACAAGGAUUAUGUGGUGAGACCAAAGUGGAACGUGGAAAUGGAAUCUUCCAGAUUCCAGGCAAGCUCAAAGAAAGGAGUCAGUCGCCUAGACAAACAGAUGCGGAAGUUCACAGACAUCAGGAAAAAAAGCAGAACGUCCCAUGCUGUGAAAAUCAGCAUCGAAGGCAAUAAAAUGCCGUUGUGACCCAGAAUCAUCUUUGAAUUCUGUUGGAAGAAGUGCACCUAUAGACUCUCGGAAGAUGUCUACAUUUUUUAAAACAAACUUUGGGUUUUUUAAAGUGUAUCUUCAAAUGGUUGGUUCGGUUGGUUGUAAUACAUGUUGACUGAGGGUUAUGAACCCGACAACAUUGUUCAUUAUGAUUGUAUUUAACCUUGAUCUUUUGUGUCCUUUGUACAGAUGAAACCUUGUAUUGCUACAGACCUCAGACAUUAAAAUCUCUUUCUGAUGUG